ACGCAUAUCACUUUGAAUAGUGUAAUGUAACCGCUUAGUAAUGACUUUUGGCGGAAAAACAAUAACAACAAUAUCAACAUAAAUCUACGUGAAUAGUCUUUGUUCAAAAUGAGUGACAUUCAACAAAUUGGCUCAAAGAUUGGGAUCACUUCACCGAGAGUAUUGAGGAAGGCAGAGGAAUUUGUCCAGUUACUUGAAAUUCGCAGUAAUAGUGGUGGCCUAUCAGCCCUGAAACUGCCUGCAGGCUGUACCACUGUUGCCUGUAUUGAUCUUGCUGCCAGCACUUGUAAUCACUAUGCUGAUAAGGCAAACAUAGUUAAAGUUUCUGGAGCAACAAAGAAGAUAUACACGAUGUGUCUGAAGACAAUAGAAAGCGUCUUGGAUGUGCAGGAUGUGAAAACAAUACGAGACCUGGCUGUUCAAUUUGGGUGUACAGGAGCGGUCGAUAAGGCGCAGAAAUUGUUGAAAAUGUAUACAGAGUUGCACAGUGUUGACGGAGAUGACAUGGACUUCAACACAAGCUUGUUUCAAGGGGCGGCCCUGUGUGCUGCAUGCAAGAAACUGAAGAUCAAGGUUGAUAAGUCAAAGGUCAAGGAAUUGUGUGCUGUUAAGAAGUCAUGUUUUGAUACAUUGAUGGGCGAAAUGGAAAAAAUAGCAGACAAAAUUGAAGAUGCUAAACAGGCGUCCACAAAGAAACGAGUCCACACACUGAUCGAUGAAGUGGAAAGACAGAUGGAAGCUUUGCCGGAGAAGAAGGUGCGUGAUGAAACCUCGGAUGAUGUUAGUGUAACGACCCCUGCAGACUUUGCAGAGUGGAAGAGAAAGAUUCUGGAGAAUGCAGCGAAAGCAAAUUCUUAACCACCAGACUGCUAAAGUUUUGAAGUAACUUCAGAAUUUUAUUCAUGUGAAAAUGUGUCUUGAAAGCAUUUAAAUUAUGUAAAUACAUAGUGUAGUUACUUAACAGCAUCAUUGACAUUUGCAUUUUGCAGUUUCAAACUGAACUGAAGAUUUAGUUUAAACCCUUUCAACUAAGGGUUUUGCAAAAAGGAAAACAUAAAAAUCCAUUACAAGU